AUGAGGUGCAGGUAUGUUUACGUGGGUCCCGUCUAUUGCACCGAGGACAUUAAUAAAGUUAUUGGGGGAAAAAAUCCAUUUAUGAACUGUCCAUCGUUGAACUGGGGUACAAUAUUUUCGGACCCGGACAUUUCGCCGCCACCGUUUCGCCGCCGGACAUUUCGCCACCACCGUUUCGCCGCCGGACAUUUCGCCACCACCGUUUCGCCGCCGGACAUUUCGCCGCCACCGUUUCGCCGCCACCGUUUCGACGCCACCGAUUCGCCGCCAGACCAAAAUUUCGAAUUUUGA